AAUCUGCUCGCAAGGUGGCCUUUGUUCAGCCCAGCCCAACUCAUAUUAGCUCGGGUUGUUMAUCAACAACAAACGUCGUUAACCAGUUUCAAGUUCCAAGUACGAAGCUGCGUUCCAACACAAGUUAUUCACAACUUAAACAUGGACUCAUUUGCAAAACAAUGUUUGGACGUGCAUAACAAGUACCGCUCUAUGCACCAUGCCCCGCCACUCACCUGGUCUGACUCGAUGGCAAAAGAAGCGCAWGCCUGGGCAGAGAAAGUCGCCAAAUCAGGCAAACUCCAACACGCGGCAAGAGAAGAACGUAAUGGUGAUGGAGAGAACGUKUUCAUGAUGAUGGGCAAGCCAGACGUUACAGGUAGUGACGUUGUUGAUACCUGGUAUUCUGAGGUGAAGAAGUAUGACUUCAAGAAAGGAGGRUUCCAAGGCGGUACUGGACACUUCACUCAAGUCGUGUGGAAGGGAAGCAAGGAGCUUGGAAUGGGGAAAGCCAAGUCACCUGAUGGCAAGAUCUUUGUYGUAGGCAGAUAUAGGCCGGCUGGGAAUAAUAUMUCUAAUGUUAAUGACAAUGUAUCUGCGCAGUAAGAUAUGACAAUGUCACGGGGAUCGAUGGGUUUCACGGCAGCCAUGUUGUAGGGCAAUAGUCUUCUUUCUCAUCCGACGAGACCGCUGGUUUUGAUGACYGCAGACUCGUUAUACAUUUUUAGCCUCGUCUAUAAGUCAGCUAUUUAAAGACAGCAUUAAACGUCCGUGGGAUUAUUUAACAAUUAUUCGCCGAAGGCGAAGUGAUUAUUGGGGAAUAUUUACCGAGACGCGAGUCUUCGAG